CGGGUGGCCGUUCGCCCGCAGACGUUGUCCGGGAGCCGCCGACCAUGGAUGACAAAAAGAAAGUCACAGCACCCCUUAUCUAUGCUGUUUGCAUUGCUGCCAUUGGCUCUCUUCAGUUUGGGUACAACACUGGUGUCAUCAAUGCACCUGAGAAGAUCAUCCGGACGUUCUUCAACAAAACCCUGUCAGAUAGGAGUGGGAGGGCUGUCUCCCAAGAGCUCCUCACGUCCCUGUGGUCCCUUUCUGUGGCCAUCUUCUCAGUAGGAGGUAUGAUCGGCUCCUUCUCAGUCAGCGUGUUUGUCAACAGAUUUGGCAGGAGGAACUCCAUGCUUCUGGUGAAUGUCUUGGCCUUUGCUGGUGGCCUUCUCAUGGCCUUCUCUAAGGCAGCAAAGGCAGUGGAGAUGCUGAUUAUUGGCCGCUUCAUUAUUGGCGUCUUCUGUGGUCUCUGCACCGGCUUUGUGCCCAUGUACAUCAGUGAGGUCUCACCUACCAGUGUCCGUGGAGCUUUUGGCACCCUCAACCAGCUGGGCAUUGUUGUGGGCAUCCUGGUGGCUCAGAUAUUUGGCCUUGAUGGAAUCAUGGGGACUGAAGCACUUUGGCCACUGCUUCUGGGGUUCACAGUCCUCCCAGCAAUCCUGCAGUGCGUGGGUCUUCUUUUCUGCCCUGAGAGCCCCCGUUUCCUAUUGAUCAACAAGAUGGAAGAAGAGAAAGCACAAGCAGUUCUCCAGAAGCUCCGUGGUACACAAGAUGUGUCUCAAGACAUCCAGGAGAUGAAAGAAGAAAGUGCUAAAAUGUCCCAAGAAAAAAAAGCCACUGUGCCAGAGCUCUUCCGUUCUCCAAACUAUCGUCAAGCCAUUAUCAUUGCCAUCAUGCUGCAGCUCUCCCAACAGCUCUCAGGCAUCAAUGCUGUAUUCUAUUAUUCAACUGGGAUUUUUGAAAGAGCUGGUAUCAAACAACCUGUGUAUGCCACCAUUGGAGCUGGCGUGGUGAACACGGUCUUCACUGUUGUGUCGCUCUUCCUGGUGGAGCGUGCAGGGCGCAGGACCCUCCAUUUAGUUGGUUUGGCUGGCAUGGCUGUGUGUGCUGCUGUUAUGACUAUUGCUUUAGCUCUGAAGGACAUUUUGGAAUGGAUCAAAUAUAUCAGCAUUGUUGCCACUUUUGGCUUUGUGGCUCUUUUCGAGAUUGGCCCUGGCCCUAUCCCAUGGUUCAUUGUGGCAGAACUCUUCAGCCAGGGCCCACGGCCUGCAGCCAUGGCAGUGGCUGGGUGUUCCAAUUGGACCUCCAAUUUCUUGGUGGGAAUGCUCUUCCCCUAUGCAGAGAAACUGUGUGGCUCCUAUGUCUUCCUCAUCUUCCUCGUUUUCCUGGUCAUCUUCUUUGUCUUCACGUUCUUCAAAGUGCCGGAGACCAAGGGCAGGACUUUUGAAGACAUCUCCAGGGGCUUUGAAGGACGAGCAGCAUCCAACCCUACAUCCCCUUUAGAGAAGAACCCCAUGGUGGAGCUGAACAGCAUACGACCUAACAAAGAAGUUGCCUAAGAUUUGUGAAACACCCAUUCUUCAACUCUCACAUGCCUAAAGAGUCAUUAAAGGAAUAAG